AUAUAAAUAUGGCUGUCAAUAAAAUCACAUUAUUAUUUGCAUUUUAGUCUUCCUGUAAAAUACAAGCAAUGUUUAAACUAAUUCUGUUAUCAGUUGUAUGCAUGCAUCUUAUGCAGGUCUAUGCUGGUCAAAGCGACUGGUAUCCCACAAAUGCUUAUAGUAUCCUACAACAAUGCAAGGAAGAACAUAAGUUACCGGAAGCCGUAAUCGAUGACAUAGAUCAUGGUCGCAUCGAAGAUAGUCCAACAUUUCGGCAAUUGGUUUUGUGUGCUUCGAAGGGAUUUAAUGUUUAUACAAGUGAAAAUGGUUAUAAUGCAGAUCGUUUGGCAUAUGCUCUAUAUCGAAUCGGUAUGAAUCGUACAUGUCGUCGUCAACUGGUGGGACAAUGUGUUACGAAGUAUAAAGAUAUUAAGCCAGAGGAUGAAAUGGUAUUCCAUAUUAUCAAAUGUAUCCUUGAGAAGGAAGUAAGUCCGGAAGUGGUUGAAAAGGAUGGCCCUCCAUCCGAAUGGAAGGGGUGUGAUAUAAAUGCAUAACCAGUUCUUGUGUGAAAAACUAAAAUAAAUUUAUUUGAAAACUU